AUGAGCAUCUCAGACAGCGAGGACGAGCCUCUCGCCCUCUCCUCGCACGCGUUGGCGGCGCUGGCCGAAUUCAAGGCCGAGGAGGAUGCCCGUCUGAAAGAGUUUGAGAGGCUCCAGGAGCUAGCGGAGGCGAAAGCGGCCAAGAAGGCGCCGAUAUCCAUGGCGGCGUUCAUGGAGGACUGGAACAAGUCGCAGUUUUGGUAUUCUGACGAGACGGCGGGUUUCUUGGCAAGGCAACUCCUCGAGGGCGCUGAUGCGGAUACUACGAUUGCGAUUGUGUCUACGCCUAGUGUGUUUGUUGCUCUGCAUAAUAUCCUGACUGCACGAGACGAGAGCGAGGUCCGGCCAAAGGUCUUCCUGCUGGAGUACGACAACCGCUUCAACGUGUUCCCUGAAUUCGUCUUUUACGACUUUGCGCAGCCCUUCAAGCUCCCGGGUGAACUCAAGGGUGCUGUAGACCGCGUUGUCGUCGACCCGCCCUUCCUCAGUGAGGACUGCCAGACCAAGAGUAAGCUAGCCCCCCAGUCCAGUCGCGCAGUCAACUUCCCUGCGGGGGUUUCAAGCAGAAAGAAGGCUCCUAUGCUGAUUAAAGUCUUUUGGUUCCCAGCCGCCAUGUCGGUCCGGUGGAUGAUGAAGCCGGACGCCGCCGAGAAGGGCCGCAUCAUCGUCAGCACUGGUGAGCGCAUGGCCGAGUUGGUGAAUAAGGUAUACAAGCCCCUCGGUGUCAGAACCGUCACGUAUGAGCCGACCCACGAGCGAGGGCUUAGCAACGAGUUUUGGUGUUAUGCAAACUUUGAGUGCAAAGACUGGACGUGGCGGGAGGCGGCUGCGAGCUGA